AUGACGAUGCAAGACUCAAUUGGUGUUCCUGCUUGCUUUUCCACAGCGGAGAAGCUAGGCGAUGAUCAUAGCGCAGGCGUGACGCGUUCUGGUCAGAGUGUUUACAUGUCAGUAUACAGAACAAAGGUAGCUGAUCACUGCCGUUUGGUAACCAUCACAUGGUGCAAGAAUCUGUUACUUCACGGGCUUUCGAUAUCGGUGGAAGGUCCAGAAGGAGAAGCUCAAUAUUCUUGCAAGGUUGAACUAAAGCCGUGGUAUUUUUGGAGAAAACAAGGUUCAAAAAGGUUUAUAGUGGAUGGUAAUAGAGCUGUUGAUAUUUUCUGGGACCUUAAAGCUGCUAAAUUCAAUGGCGAAACAGAACCAACUUCGGAGUACUAUGUAGCUGUUGUUUGUGAUGAAGAGGUUGUUCUUCUUCUUGGUGAUCUUAAGAAAGAUGCUUAUAGAAGAACUGGGUGUAGACCGGCUCUUAUUGAUCCUAUAUUGGUUUCGAAAAAAGAACAUAUUUUCGGAAAGAAGAGAUUCUCAACUAGAGCUAAGUUUCAUGAGAAGGGUAAGUGGCAUGAGAUUUCAAUUGAAUGCAAGAACCGAGGAAAUGGAAAUGGAGAUUCUGUUGUUGGAUCGGUGCAGCCAGAGAUGGAGAUAAGAAUUGAUGGACAUUUGGUGAUUCAUGUGAAGCAUUUGCAGUGGAAGUUUAGAGGUAAUGAAUCAGUUCAUCUUAGUAAAAUGCGAAUCGAAGUUUAUUGGGAUGUUCAUGAUUGGUUAUUUAGUCCUGGUUUAAAACAUGCUUUGUUUAUUUUUAAGCCAAUUUUAUCAUCAACUAUUUCAUCUUGUUCAUCUUCUCCACUCUCAAUUCAAGCUAGGAGUGUUGAAUCUGUGGAAGGGUUUAGUGUUAGUGGUUCAUCAGAGUUUUCUUUGUUUCUUUAUGCUUGGAAAGUUGAAUGA